AUGAAGUAUUUAGAAUGGAGGAUAAACGGAUUCUUAGAGGCGGUAAAUUUUUGUAGGUUUUUUGAUCUUGGUUACAAUGGCAACCGCUUUACGUGGGAACGAUGUAGAAACACCCAAAACUGGGUCCUAGAGAGGCUCAACCGUGCUUUGGCAACAAGAGAUUGGCAAAAUAACUUUCCAAAUGCCAAAGUUUUCCCUGUUGAAUCGGCCUCAUCUGAUCAUGCAGGUAUAUUUUUAACCUUGGGUGUGAAUGUUAUUUGCUAUGCUGCAAAACCCUUCUGGUUUGAAAAUUUCUGGAUGAAAGAGAUAGAUAUUAAGCAAGCAGUCCAGACCACGUGGGAACAUGGAAAAGGCCAGCCCAUAGCCGAGAUGAUAAAGAGUUGUGUUGCUUAUCUCCUUGAAUGGGGAAAGAACAAAAAACAACAAUUUAAGGCCAAGUUGAAGCAAGCCAAAGCGCAGAUGACAAGAUAUAGAAACAGUUCAAACCCGUAUCAUCUGCAGUCAUUUAAUUCAGCUAAAGAGGCGCACUUACAGGCACUUGAACAGCAAAACAUCUAUUGGAAGCAGAGAGCUAAACAACAUGGUUGA